CCUGGGUACGAAAUCUUUUUUGGUCCACGUCAGAAAAUCCAACAUGGCGUUUACAUUUUAUAGCCUACUCGAAGCUUGUCUUUUAGUGGUAAAUGCUGUGGCAGUGCUUCAUGAGGAGCGUUUUCUUGCAAAAGUUGGAUGGGGCACAGAUCAGCUCUCAGGAUUUGGAGAAGAGAGAGGAACAAAACACCAAGUCAUUAAUCUCGUACAUUCUGUUAGGACUGUCAUGAGAAUACCUCUUAUUUUGCUCAACUCACUUACAAUACUUUUGCUGCUACUGAUGGGAUGAUGUUACAGGGCACAACAUGUCUUAUAGUACUUGGACAUAUAUCAUUUCUGUAAGGAGUUGCUGAACAAAAUCAUUGGGGAUUUGUAUCAAAAUCUUUUGAAAAAAAAAUUCUCGAUGUGUUUUCACUCUUCAGAAGAUGAUCAGACAAAUUUAAUUGUCUGCCUUGUUUAUGGAACUACUUAAUAUCAACCAGUAUGGGGUAACUGUACAGAGAUGUAGUUUUCAAGAAUUAUUUUUGCAAAUACCCUGAUGAGAACAUUACUGUACAUAUCUUCUGCUGUUAUGAUAUUAAAUUGCUAGAGUGUUAACAUAUUUAUAGCAGCACUAAUUCAAUGUGGAUCUGAUAUCUACUUGUUUUUUUUUGUUUGUUCUUUUUUUUUUCAAUAAUUAUAAAAAUUUAUUAUGGCAUGUAAAGUGUAUAUUUUGGCACAUUACAAGAAGUUAACUGUUCUCUGUACUACCAAAUGUUAUAUUUGCCUGAACAAUAGUUGUUUGGAAUAAAUGAGGAGUGAUUAAUUAAAAUUGCAA